GGCCAACCGAGGCAGCUGUACUUAUCAACGUCGGAGCUCUACAGCAAUCAGUCGCUCAGGAGCUUUAGCCAAGUCAAGUCGCUCUAGUUAAGAACCAACUACCCAAAGCAUCAUGUCUGAGAAGCCAAAGAAGACCAAGAAGAAGGCCUCCUCCAAGGAAGAGACCCCAGCAGAGACCCCAGCGCCAGAGACCCCGGCGGCACCAACCCCAUCGGACUCCGGCUCUCAGCGAGGAUCUACUCGCGGCUCAUCCUCCCGCAAGGCCAAGAAGGCCCCAUCUUCCGUCUUCGUCCUCUUCUCCCAGAAGCAGAUCGCCGAAUUCAAGGAGGCUUUCCAGCUGAUGGACAACGACAAGGAUGGUGUGAUCGGCAAGAACGAUCUCCGUUCGACCUUCGAUGCCCUGGGUAAACUGGUUUCCGACAAGGAAUUGGACGAAAUGCUUGGCGAAGCACAAGGCCCACUCAACUUCACCCAGCUGCUGACGCUGUUCGCCAACCGCAUGUCCGGAGGAGGUACCGAUGACGAUGAUGUUGUCAUCAAUGCCUUCAAGGCCUUCGACAUGAACGGCAAGAUCGACGGUGAGAAGUUCCGUUAUGCCCUGACUCACUGGGGUGCGGAUAAGUUCUCCGAAGACGAGGUUGACGAUGCCUUCGACCAGAUGAUCAUCGACGAUAAGGGCUUCAUCGACACCUCGGCCCUGAUCGGUAUGCUCACCGGCACCGAAGAGGGAGAGGAAGAAUAAACUCCUCGCCAACAACCACAACUCCCCUCCCCUCUUUAAAACAAUCCUUUUUUCUAUUUAUUUUAACAACUUUAACUUGUUUAAAAAAGAAGAAACAUCUACAAAGAACAAGCAGUGACAACAACAACAACAACAACAACAAUAACAAUACGGAGAACAUCUUCAUGUUAAUCACAAUUCCAUUUGCUUACAUCAUCUGAUUCUAAAUUAUUACUUUUAUUUUCUUAUGAUAAGACAUGAAUUUUUAAGCUAUAAGAAGAAUAAAGUUAUAUAAAAAAAAGUCCAAAAAAUAAAGCAAAAAAAGUGCAAAAGAACUCAUACCGAGGAGAAAACAAA